GAGCGAGUUGUACGCUUGGUGUGCAGACUUGUACACAACGUGUUGCUCGGUUUGCUUUGACGGUGGAGAGCUCAUGGGUGACCUUCAACGGCACUCGAGAUCAACUAUAAAACGGAACAUCUCUCGCAAGUCGGUUCUUGCUUGUCAAACCAUACUUCAAGUUUUCUUUUCUGUUCUUCAGCCUUGGUCAAAAAUACAAACUCAGCAAUCAUGGGCAGGCCUCAUCUUCCUGGUGUCUGGUACCUCAAAACUGGGGCUUUCAUGGGAAUACUCCCCGAUCGACACAGGAAUCACACAGUUGCUUUCCUGUCGGAGCUCGCAGGCACCUUUUUGUUCUUGUUUUUUGCUCUGUCUAUCGUCCAGGUCGUGCACACUCCACCACCAACGGGUGGUAGUGGCUCUCCACCAGACGUCCUAGGGAUCUACCUGAUCUCGGUCGGGUUUGGAACCUCAGUGGCUGUGAAUGUGUGGUUGUUUUAUAGAGUGUCUGGAGGAAUGUUCAACCCGGCAGUCACCUUUACACUUUUCCUCAUCGGUGCUGUGCCAGCGGGACGUGCGGUGGUUGUGAUUGCAGCUCAGAUCAUCGGAGCGAUCGCGGCAUCCGCUGUGGUAUCUGGCCUGUUUCCAGGUCCUAUGGUGGUGAACUGCAGACUUGGUGGCGACACGUCAAUCGCUCGUGGACUCUUCAUUGAGAUGUUCUGCACAACACAACUUGUGUUUACUGUUAUCAUGCUGGCCGCAGUCAAGCACAAGGCCACCUAUCUUGCACCCCUUGGAAUCGGACUUGCGCUGUUUAUUGGCAAUAUGUGCAGUGUCUACUAUUCUGGUGCUGGCAUCAACCCUGCUCGAGCUUUUGGUCCUGACGUCGUGAACCACAGCUUCCCAGGCUACCAUUGGAUCUACUGGGUUGGCCCCUUACUAGGCUCUCUGCUUGCAGCAUUCUUCUACUACCUCCUCGAAGCUUUCGAUUGGAGAAGUGCCAACCCUGGUCAGGAUUUUGACGAUCUGGAAACUCAAAUGAUCACACCAGAGAAGAAAACAGAUCGUCCAAACGUUGCACAUGGCGCAUUGCAUGGUAACCUUCCCGGUGCCAAUGCUGAGAAAGAAAGAGGCACAGGGGUUCCUUCGCUCGAGGGGCUCAAUGGGCUGCGACCAUCGAAGAGCACGCAAGAUACUCAGCCUGAGUAGAUAUGGUUUCCAAAGACUUGCGGGUCAUGGCGAUUUGGGGCAGGCCACCUUGUCGACAGAGGCUGACAAGGCCCAUAUCGCCUCCAGCCUUGUAGGGUG